AGAGUUGUACUUCCAAAAAACCCAUUUAUAUAUUUCUCAAUUGUCUCUCACUGCUGUCUUCUGCAUUGAAGGAACAGCAGCAGAAAAUAGAAAUAAAGCAAUUAAUGGAGAUGGGCUGUUGCCUUCUUCCAUCAUCAGCUUCCCUGAGGGCUGUUCUUUCCAUCUUGAGUGCUCUCUGCAUUUUUUCUGAGCUUGCACUUGCAAAGCAUGCAGGAAUAACAAGGCAUUACAAGUUUGAUAUAAGGCUGCAAAACGUGACAAGGUUAUGCCAUACAAAGAGCAUUGUGACAGUAAAUGGGCAAUUUCCGGGACCUCGUAUUAUUGCAAGGGAUGGGGAUCAAGUCCUGAUCAAGGUGGCUAACCAUGUUCAAAACAAUAUCACUAUUCACUGGCAUGGGAUAAGGCAGCUGAGGAGUGGGUGGGCAGAUGGACCUGCCUAUAUCACACAAUGCCCAAUUCAAACAGGGCAGACCUAUGUAUACAACUUCACCAUCACUGGCCAAAGAGGGACCUUGUUUUGGCACGCCCAUGUCUCAUGGCUAAGGGCAACUCUCUACGGACCCAUCGUUAUCCUCCCCAAGCAUCGCGUUGGUUACCCAUUCCCACAACCCUUCAAGGAAGUCCCCAUCAUUUUUGGAGAAUGGUGGAAUGCUGAUACAGAGACAAUCAUCAACCAAGCAACACAAACAGGGCUUGCCCCCAAUCUCUCUGAUGCAUAUACCAUUAAUGGUCUCCCGGGACCCUUCUAUAAUUGUUCAACCAAAGAUACCUUUAAGUUAAAGGUGAAACCGGGGAAGACGUAUCUCCUUCGUCUCGUCAAUGCUGCACUUAAUGAUGAGCUCUUCUUUAGCAUUGCCAACCACACCCUCACCGUGGUCGAAGCUGAUGCAGUUUAUGUGAAGCCAUUCAAAACAAACAUAAUUCUCAUCACGCCUGGACAAACCACUAAUGUUCUUCUCAAAACCAAACACCGACACCCCAAUGCCACCUUCCUCAUUGCCGCUAGGCCAUACGCCACUGGCCCUGCAGCUUUCGACAAUACCACAACUGCAGGAAUCCUUGAAUAUGCUCGUAGUACUACUUCUACCUCAAACACAAAGAGCCAGAAGCUUCCCCUCCUCAAACCAGCACUUCCGGCAUUCAACGACACAAAUUUGGCCACAAGUUUUAGCAAGAAACUCCGCAGCCUAGCCACCCCCAAGUUCCCAGCAAAGGUUCCAAAAACUGUGGACAAACAUUUUUUCUUCACUGUGGGACUGGGGUUGAUCCCAUGCUCACAAAAUCAAACAUGCCAAGGACCCAACAACACUAAGCUAGCUGCUGCUGUGAACAAUGUAUCAUUUGUCAUGCCAAGCACAGCUCUUCUCCAAGCUCACUUUUUUCAACAAUCCAAAGGGGUUUACACUACGGAUUUCCCAGCAAACCCACAGUCCAAGUUUAAUUACACGGGAACUCCACCGAGCAACAUCAUGAUGAACAGUGGCACAAAGGUGGUGGUGCUUCCGUUCAAUACUAGGGUGGAGUUGGUGAUGCAGGACACCAGCAUCAUUGGUGCAGAGAGUCACCCACUGCAUCUUCAUGGCUUCAACUUCUUUGUGGUAGGACAAGGUUUUGGGAACUUUGACGCUAAAAAAGAUCCACCAAAGUUCAAUCUUGUUGAUCCAGCUGAGAGGAACACUGUGGGUGUGCCGUCGGGGGGUUGGGUCGCAAUUCGUUUUCUUGCAGACAAUCCAGGUGUGUGGUUCAUGCAUUGCCACUUGGAAGUUCACACGAGUUGGGGCUUGAAGAUGGCAUGGGUAGUCAUGGAUGGAAAGCGGCCCAAUCAGAAGCUACCUCCUCCACCAUCUGAUCUACCCAAAUGUUAAAACUACAUUCUUAUCUAAUUUCCUCCAAAGAUGGGAUUGCUUAAUUAGGUGUUCUUUCAUUUUUUUUCAAAGAUGUAAUUUUUCAUUCAUUUAUGACUUUUCAACUUCUACCCACAAGGGGUAUAAAUACGAUUGUAUUAGCAUAUGACCAUUGUUAUCAACACUUGUGUGCUCCCAUUUCGAAAAUACAAGAGGAGUUUUUGCUUGAA